AAGGAAUCUAUCAUCAAUGCUACCCCAUACUCACUAAACCUCAGCCUCCGCUUGUGUGUUCACUGUGCGGAGGUCGUCUCGUAAUGUGUUUCCACCUGUGCUUGACUGCGUCGAGCGUGUAUCAAUUGUAGUUAUUGUUGUCAUUAUUCGCUACCGCGUUUUCUUCUUUCAUUCGAAACUCCACAAGCACUCCAAGGCUUCGAAGCAGUCCUUCCAUGACAGUCCUAUUUGUGGUAUUGCGUUCAGAGUUCUCAUCUGCAGACAUUGCAAGGAAAACAUGUCGGCAUGAGGGACAAACGCAGUCACCAAGUUAUUUCAAAAAAAAGUAGAGAUUGUGUUGACUGCAGGAGAAGAAAUUGGGUUCUCCGGAAGUCGAACCGGUUCCACCCUUCGAAGACUUGUUCCGCUCCAGGCCCCAUAUCGCAAUCUGCCUUCUUCCAAGGUUCAUGUGAGAGUUCCUAAACAUCGCCGACCGCCUUAGUCACUAGGUUACGACCCCGAAAGUGACAAGCUUACCGUACCUUGCGAUUUGAGGUCAAUCCAGACCCCAUAUCUGAUUUGUAUAUUACACACGUGCGCAAACAGCCAAGAAGAUGGCAAAAGAUAACCCAUUCUUCCUGCCACUUUUUCUCCAACGACUCCAAUUUUGUGGAACAUGUGAAGGUCGGGAAGAUUGGUGUCAUAUUGCGAUUCGACCGCUCUACGUUCUUUCGCGACACGAUUUCUAUAGUCUUCCGUUGAAUACGCUCUGGGGCGUCGGCGACAGAGGAGCAGGACCGAGGGAUCGGAUUUUGCGUCGGGUUCGAAUAAUGUUCCUGAGCGGUAGGAGAAGGGGAGAGAAUUCUCAGAAGAUUCACUUGUGAGAAUCUCUCUCUUCUCCUCUCUUCACGCAAUAACAUGAUCAUUGACAUGAGAAUGCAUCCAGGGAAGAACGGGUUGUUUACGAGAAAGCUGUCAAGGAGGUUAUCGGAAACGAGCUUGUUCGGAAUGAUUGUUUCAGUAAACAUCAGCUGGAUGGCUGCAGGUGGAUAGGUCGGACGGAAGAAUGACGUACCUCCUGGUCAGAAUUCCUACAAAAACCUGCUCCUUUCCCUCAUAGCACCUCAAGUGAUCCAACAUUGCGAUCCACACAACGCCAUGGCUACCACUUCAGAAUCUCAACGGAAGUACAACAAAAUGGGCUCGUGGUUCUUCGGCCCUCGUGGGGAGAACUACGAGCUGAUGCAGAAGAUGUUUACGAAGAUCGUCGAGGGAGUGCGUGCAGGUCGACAGAAUUACUUCCCGAAAGAUCCAGACUUCAUCACGAAAGAUAUGAUCGCCUCAUCUGACUUCAGCGAUGGAGUCAACAGCAUCGACGAAGCCCUCAUGUUCAUCAACCAAGGGCUCGCAAACCACUCCGUGCCAUUCUUUUCCCCUCGAUAUGCGGGACAUAUGUCCUUCGAUGUCUCGCUCCCGGCCGUUCUGGGAUAUCUGUCUGCUAUGCAGUACAAUCAGAAUAACGUCACGCCCGAGGCUAGCCCUUUCUCCUCGUUUAUCGAGUACCUGGUUGGGCAGCAACUAUGUGAGAUGUUGGGGUACAACAUUCAGAACCCUCCGCCUCAGGGCGAGACGACUCUCGGCUGGGGCCAUAUUGUGUGCGGAGGGUCCAUUGCAAACUUGGAAUCUAUGUGGGUUGCUCGUAACCUCAAGUACUAUCCUCUUUCUCUCUACAACGCGAUGAGGUCCGGCCAGCCCCUCGAAUUUGCAGCCAGCUCUUUCAUGACCACACUUUGCACCGGCAAAUCUAAAAACUUCUUUUCCUGCUCUACUUGGGAGCUCCUCAAUCUCACACCGACUGAAGUUCUCGAUCUUCCCACUCGUCUCACCAAACAAUUCGGGAUAUCUCAAGGGACUCUUGAUGGCAUCCUCGACCGAUACAGCAUCCAAACUGUCGGAAAGGACCGACUUGACCGCGAUUUCGAUAUAAAGCUCCCACCACAGUACCUUCUUAGCCGAGCGAACCACUAUUCCUGGCCAAAGGGUGCUGCGAUUCUAGGGAUUGGGAAGGAAAACAUGCUUGAGCUACGUGUCGACGACGAUGCUAGACUUGACAUCUCCCAUGUUCGCGAGCAGCUUGAGGCACAUCUCAGCGAGAAACAUGCGUUGUACGCCGUCGUUGCUAUCAUUGGGACUACCGAGCACGGUUCUGUUGACCCUCUCGACCAAAUCAUCAAGCUACGCCAAGAAAUGCAGGCGAAGGGGUUGUCGUUCAUGGUACAUGCUGACGCUGCUUGGGGAGGGUACUUCGCCUCGAAGAAGGUUAAGCCGCUCGAACCCAUUUUCAGGAUGCCGACACCCGAAUUCGCGUUCUCCAUUUCACUUAGCGAUCAUUCGAAUAACCAGAUGUUGGCACUGGCAAAGACAGACUCGAUUACAAUCGAUCCGCACAAGAGUGGUUAUAAUCCGUAUCCAGCUGGAGCGAUCUGCUAUCGGGAUGGACGGCUCAGGUACUUGACGACGUGGACGAGCCCGUACAUCAGCACGACCACGGGGGAUGACAUCAGUAUGGGUAUCUAUGGUGUGGAGGGAAGCAAACCAGGGGCUGCUCCGGUUGGAGUGUGGAUGUCUCUCAAUGUGCUCAAGACCGAGGGCUAUGCGAAUCUACUUGGUGUCGCGAUGCUUACUGGGACGAAGAUGUACGCUAACUGGGCUACGACGACACUCGAUUCUAAAUCCCUCGUUAUCACUCCAUUUAAUCGAUUACCAUCUGAAAAAGCUGGGAAGAGCCCAGACGAGGUCCGCGCUGAACUGCUUCGCAUUCGCGACAAGAUCGUCCUGCGGGACAACGCCGAUCUCGAAAAGGACGUAGAAACUAUCGCCUUCAUGCGCACGCUUGGAUCUGACCUCAUGAUCAACGCCUUUGCCUGCAAUUUCCAUAUCGGAGACCAACUGAACACCGACGUCGUGGAAGCCAGCUUCCUGAACCAACGGCUCUACAAAAGACUCUCAAUGACCUCGAUGGAGGACGUGUUGAACGAUAAGCCUAUCAUCAUCAUGGCAACAGAAUUCUCGCAGGAGAAGUACGAGGGUGCGUUGGUGACGUUCAAGAAGAGGCUGGGUCUUGUAGGCGAUGAAGAUCUCUAUGCGCUGUCGAAUGUGUCGAUGUCGCCCUGGCCGACUGCGACUGGCUUCUUGAAGAAGAUCAUUAGUGACUUCAAGGAUGUGGCUGAGGAAGAGAUCAAGACUUGCCUUGUACGAGUGACGGAUCAACCUUCGAUGCAUUCCUUCGUCAUUCAUGGAAAAGACGAACUCUUCCUUGUCUACGUCAGUUCUUUCAAUGUCGCGAGCUACCGUCGACAAGUCAUUGUGAAAGCGAAGCUUUCCGAUGCGGAUACAUUGUCGAAGCUACAGCAGGAACGAGCGAAUAAUCCUGAAGCGAUUUUCUCGUUCCACGCUGGUUUUGAAGUCUUGACAACGCUCAUGAAGCAGAAGCAGUGGGUGGGUGAUAUCUAUAUGGGUUUGCCGACAAUUUACGGGAGUACUCCUCUCUUGACUAAAGUUCCUUUCGAUGUAGAGGUUGUGUUGAACAAAUCUCUACGUCGUGCUGAUAUCGACAAUAAAUAUCCUGCAAGGAUGCCAUUCUACCUCUUCGGAACGUCUACCGAGAUCCACAUGGAACAUGACCUCCUCCAUUCGCCCAAUGUCCACCUGACUGCUAGUCAAGUCAAACUUGACCUCAGCACUCCUCUGCAGGAUGUUUCCGGGAAAAUCUUGAUCCUUGACGAGCAACGCGAGGACCUGAUGCAGCCCUUCAAUGUGAACCAUCAGCCAGCGUUCUUCUCGCCCGGCGCCAAGCUCAAGGUCUCCGUGUUCGAUGGCCCUCUUGCCAGCGGUUCCAAACCUAUCUCCACCGGCACUGUCACACUUCCCGCAGAGAAGAGCAAGAUGUUCAUCGACUUCAACUUCGUCAACCUACCUGCAGCCACGGAGAUCCACAUCUCCGCUCCUCCCGCGACUUUCAAUUCUGUCGACAGUGUCGCUGACCAGAUCGUCAGGUUGUUCAAUGAAGGGAAGAUUACUUGGGAGGAUAACGUCCUCAAUGCGAUUAAACGACACUGUAACACCGAGGGUCUCAAGAUUACGUUGGGGUCUUAUAAUGAACACCAAGGAGAGGUCAAGAGUCUUAGCAGGUUCUUGGGUCCCUCUGAAGGAUCGAACAAGACUGUGACGGAGAAAUUGGGAUUGGUGCAGACCCUUGGACAAAAUCCGAUAUCUCAGGGUACGGUUAUUACGGUGUGAUUUGGAUUUAUCUCGUUGUAGCUGUUUCUCUCAAAAGUUGGAACUGUUUAUCUUUCCAAGCGAUACUCUUCUGUAGAAAAAGGAAGUAAGCAAAUGUACAUAAAUACACUGUAACCCUUGUACUAUAGUCGUACGCGAUUGACGUAUGGUUUUCUUGAAAUUUAGUGUUGUGACAUCCCAC